CUUCGUUGGUUCUUCAUUAAUGGCGGCCUGCCGGGUCCUCUAGGAUCCCUUUCGUCGCAGGUGCGCCAGUGAAGUCCAAUAAUGUUGUUGCUACGUUCGAUUCUCUUUGUCCUUGUGCUAUCCCACUAUUUCUUGGCUCCAAUCGCUGGAUCGACUGAAGAAGAAGAGUUCUCCGAAGAAUUGCUUCUGAAGCCCUUGCCUGAUCAGAAAGUCCUUGCUCAUUUCCACUUCGACAGCAGAGCUCCCCCAUCGAUAACCCAUGGCCGCCAUCACCGAGUCUUCCCCAAAGCCACCGCUCAACUGGUCCAAAAAUUCCGGAUUCGUGAGAUGGAGUUGUCAGUCACGCAAGGUCGCUGGAACUACGAACGAUGGGGUGGAUUUGAUCCUGUAUCGAGCGCGAAUGCGAAACCUCCCGGAGUUGAGUUGUGGGCUGUCUUCGAUGUCCCCCCUGAUCAGGUCGAUUCAACCUGGAAAAAUCUGACCCACACCCUCUCGGGUCUCUUCUGUGCGUCGAUUAACUUCUUGGAAUCAUCUACUGCUUAUGCUUCUCCACAUUGGAGCUUUCGAUCAUUCUCGGGUACCCUUAGAUAUGGUGCUCUGCCACGGGAGGCUGUUUGUACUGAGAACCUAACUCCUUGGUUGAAGUUGCUCCCUUGUCGAGACAAAGCCGGGCUUGCUGUUCUAAUGGACAGACCUUCUAUCUAUAGAGGAUUCUAUCAUUCACAGCGGUUAAAGUUGAUAUCAACUGAAUCGGGUUCAGAGGUUGGGGUGGAACGUGAGAUUUUGCUUGAACAUACUCUUACUGUCGUUCUUCAACCUAGUGAAUUGCAGCCAAGUUGGUCUUUAAGCUCAAUUUUUGGAAGGAAAAUCACUGGAAAAUGUGUUCUUGCAAAGUCUAGCACUGUAUUCAUUGGACUUGAGAGGAAUCUAGUCUCUGAAAUCAAUGAGUUGGGAAAGAAGAAUGAGAAAAAUUGGGUUGCUGAAAAGACCUCUGGCUCUUGGAGUAACCUAGUAUUUCAGCUCUCUUUUAGUCCGGAUAGGGUAAUUGAAGAGGUAAACAACGGGCAUGGUGGGAACUCAGCCGUUCUAUAUGAGUUCUCCACUGAGAAAUACAGUGAUUAUGAGCCAUUUGAUGUAAGUUUGACAUGGAAACAGCCUAUGUUCUGGUUGUCUCCGCAAGCACCAUUCCAUGCAAGUAGGUUCUUAAUGGGAAGUGGGAAUGCAAGAGGUUCCAUUGCUAUCACUUUGAAAUCUACAGAAUUUGUCAAGGGAAUCUUGGGUGAUAGCAUCGGUAAAGACGGUUGUAAGGUGCGGAUUGAUGUUUUCCAAGUUGUGCCUUGGUAUGUGAAAGUCUACUUUCAUACUCUGCAGAUAUUUGUUGACGGAGAAGCACAAAUUGUUUGGGAGACCAUAGAGAAAAUACGGGUUUCACCUUCUGAAGAUAGGGUAUCACCUGGGCUGAUGGAGAUGCUUCUGAGAUUCCCUUGUGAUAUGAAAUCAGCUGUUCUAACCAUUGAGUUCGAUAAGGGAUUAUUACACAUCGAUGAAUAUCCUCCAGAUGCUAAUCAGGGAUUUGACAUUCCAGCAGCUGUAAUUAGUUUUCCUGACUUUGAAGCAAGUAUGCAUUUUCUUAAUGAGAACUCCAGCAAGUCACCAUUGUUAUCUAAGUUUCAGGAGAAGAAUCCUGUGCUGUCUUACACAGAAAUAUUACUUGUGCCUCUUGCCACUCCUGAUUUUAGCAUGCCUUACAAUGUGAUUACAAUCACAUGCACGGUGUUUGCUUUGUAUUUUGGAUCACUGCUCAAUGUAUUAAGGAGGCGGGUUGGUGAGGAAGAAAGAUUCUUAAACAGACAAGCUUCCAGGAAAGGAGGUCUGCUUCCUCGGCUCCUAUCAAAGUUAGUUGGAAAGCUAAGAGGAAGACCAGAAGAACCAUCGCAGUCACAAGCACCAUCAUCAUCAUCCUUACUAACUCCUAAGUUCAUACUCAAAGUCCUAUUAGUGGCAGGGAUUGCUGUUGGCUGGCAUUAUUAUUCUGAAUGACUGCCAAAGCUAAUCCGAGGUAGCCUUCUUGUACAAUAUGUGCGUGAAAUCCAAUUUAGUACUUUUUUUAAUAAGAUAUUUUCUGAUAGUGGGUGCUGUACCAUUUCCCUGUAGUUCAAUUUUGCCCAUUUGAUUUAUUUGUUGAUGGAAUAGCUGAAACUCAUGCAAGGAUGGUCAUCAAUAGAGUUACACAUAUUACAAAAACCAUGCAUAUCACUUUACUGCUUUAUUAUACAAUGCAAAGCGAAUCUCUGUUUUUCU